AUGUCAGACACCGCGAUGGCACAAAUCUCAACGCACGCCAGCGCCAACGCUGCCGCCUCGAAAGCAGAAAGGCUGCCUACAACAGUGGACAAACCCACACCAUACACGUACGAUUUAGGAUACCUUACGGCGGUCGACCCGAACCCUCUCCCCAGUACAUCGACUCUUGUCUCACAGACCUUCGAGGAGCGCAGUGCAACGCUCCAGGCCAUCGCACGAGAUGGCGCACAAUCACUCCUCAACACCCUAUUAACGACGUGCACGAUAACGUCGACCCCGGAUGGCUUGUCAAUGGCACUUCCACCGCCCGCAAACCCACUUCCGCGAUGGAAGCCGCUGCCGAAACCCAAGGCGCCCACGAAGUGGGAACUGUUUGCCCGCAAGAAGGGGAUUGGGAAGUAUGCUGGCAAUCUCAAGGGCGGGGCGGCGCUCCAGGAGCGGAAGAAGAACAUGGUCUAUGACGAGGAGAGCGGUGAGUGGGUCAAGAAAUGGGGUUACAAGGGGAAAAAUAAACAGGGCGAGAACGACUGGCUGGUGGAAUUAGAUGACGAGAAGAUCAACAAAGAGAAAGAGGGCUUUGGCGGCGAGGGAAGGACGUUGAGAGGCGAAGGCAGACGAGAGCGCGUGGAGAGAAUAAAGAGGCAGGAAAGAAAACAGCGUAACAACGAUCGCAGCGGUAGGAAGGCCGGGAAGGUUGGUUGA